AUGGAUAGGAACGUAUUCGAAGCCUGUAGUGAUCUUGUCACUGAAUUCCAUACUCAUAAAGUUAGUGCAGAUGAAAUAUUGGCCGAGAAGAUAGGUAACAUAGUACCGAUACCGUUCAAGACAAGAGACGAAUUACAAGAUGUCUCGUUACGGGAUGAAGAAGAUGGAUUAUUUAAAGGUGAUUUAAUACCAAAUAUCGAUUUGAAAGUAGUCCAUUAUUUUGCUACUCAACUGUGUCUUCGACGAUACCCUCAUCUUAUCAAUUCAUUCGAUGAGUCUAGUUUGAUCACUUUGGGACUUUUGAUUGAAAAAUGGGUACAGGAUUAUCUGGUAGCAAAUAACAAAAAUUCUAUGUCCACAGAUGACGAAGAGGAGGAGGAAGUUGAAACGGAAGGUUAUACAGAUGGCGGUACUGAAGGUGAAGAUCAAGAAUUUACAAUUGGUAAGGGGCCUUCGCAAAUGAUAUCUAAAAUUACGAAUUAUAUGUCACAUCCAGGGAAUAUAUGA